UUUCAUAGACAAGUGGUUUGUUUUGAAACGAACGUUUGGCGUCCCUCUGAGCUGCCUCCCAAUUUUUGAAGGACGGUCUUUAUCCGCAAACAUCAUGAAACUCGUACGGUUUCUCAUGAAGCUCAGUCAUGAGACAGUGACCAUUGAGCUGAAGAAUGGCACCCAAGUCCAGGGUACAAUUACAGGUGUGGAUGUUGCUAUGAACACUCACUUGAAGAGUGUAAAAAUGACUUUAAAGAACCACGAUCCAGCUAGCUACGAUACAUUGACCAUCCGAGGCAACAACAUCCGUUAUUUCAUUUUGCCAGAGUCUCUGCCCCUAGAAAAUCUACUGAUUGACGAUGGCCCCAGAGCAAGGCGGGGUCGGUCAGAUCGUGGGCGUGGUAUGGGUGGGCGUGGACGUGGAGGCCGCGGUGGACGUGGGCGAGGUCGCGGCGGCCCUCGAGGACGUGGCAGAGGUGGCCCACCACGUCGUUAAGAGCUGGCUUUGACAAAUAUAAAAUUGUUCAUUUGGUACAAAAAAUGAAACAACCUGUAUGUGAAGGGUGUUAGGAUCUUGGUCAGGUCUUGAAUAGUGUCACUGAAGGAUGAUCAUUAUUUUUUUUUAAAUCGGCAACUUGUGAACUACAGUAUAGUAGUAGAAAAUAGUGUCAGACAUUGUCUUUGUAGAGUUUUUAGAAAAUGUUUUAUUAGUUUUUUGAAUUCAGAAUCAGUUUGUUAAUUAUUACUUUGAUUAGUUGAGCUAUAGUUUUUCAUCAUUAUUUUUGUGAGUGUACUGUGUUAUGUAACCGGAUGAAGUUAAUGAAUGUUUGGACAAGCCUUCAGAAAGUGGAGUUAUUUUAUAAAGUGAAUAAUAACAAAUCUUUUGAAAAGUGAAGUUUUUCUCCAUAGGCACGCAAGUCCUUACAAUGUAGUAAUUUUGUUUUUUUUCUAAAUAAAUUAAGUUUUGUA